AUGCCCUCUCCCUCUCCAGCACGCUCGCCAUCGCGCACCCCGUCUCGCGACAGGUCGCCAACACCAUCACCCAGCCGCUCUCCCUCGCCACGCUCGCCAUCGCCACGGCGCUCGCUAUCCCCACGCUCUCUCACCCCUUCUCGGUCGCGCACCCGAUCCCGCUCGCCCACAUGGCCAUCUCCCCGCCGCAAUGGCCGACGCAGCUACACACCAAACAGCAGGUCGCGCUCAAGAGGGAGGAGCUACACUCGCAGCCCGACCCCCCGAGAUGCGUCGCCAGCACCCCGGAGUGCAAAGAUUGUGGUAGAAGCCUUGACCCGAAACGUCAAGGAGGAUCACAUACGUGAGAUAUUUGGAAAGUACGGCGUCGUCAAAGACGUCAGGAUGCCCAUGAAUCCCACUUUCAACAUCAAUCGCGGCAUCGCAUACGUACUUUACCACGACAUUGACGAAGCCGAGCGUGCAAUCGCAAAGAUGCAUGACGCACAGUUGGACGGUUCCAGAAUCCAAGUCUCCAUCGUCCUCCCGAGACGUCGCUUUUCUCAAACCCCUCCCCCAGCCCGGAGAGGCCCACCGCCAGGCGACCGAUUCCAAGACGACUUCGACACCGGUUACGGACGCGGUGGACGGGGUCCGCGAGGAGGAGGUCCGCCCGGAGCAUACAGACCACCGCCCAUGGAUGGUCCUCCACGCUACCGCUCUCCACCGCGCCGCAUGUCACCUGAUCGUGCACAGUGGGCACGCGGCCGAGGCGGCCGAGGCGGACGAGGAGGAUGGGGAGGACGCCCACGAUCGUAUACACGGUCCCGAAGCCGCUCGCCACGGAGGACCAUCUCGCGCUCGUCCUACAGCCGGUCUCCAUCGAGAACUCCGCCAAACCGAGGCUACGGCAGGAGGGAUAGCCCGCCACCAAGAGGUGGCCCUAGCGGCGGCGGCAGCACUGGCGGAGCCAGAGGACGGAGAAGCCCUAGUUACAGUUCCUACGGCAGCGACCGCAGCCGGAGCAGAGACCGCCGAUGAACGCGCCAUCUGCUGGGCUGUAAUGUGUUGAAACAAGCUAGUUACUGUUUACAUGGACGGAGCCCUCACGGGUACCCUUUAGAGCCUACUGGCAACCAGGCCUUCUUCCAUGGGCAGGUACGUGCAUGGAUUAGUGACUUUGGUGCGGCCAUGAAGCCACCAUCUAUCAAGUUAUACAUCAAUACUACCGAGUAAUCAUGUCAUCUUCAGUUGAAAUCCAGCUCCCUUUUCUUCGUCUUCCCUCGCCCUGAAGAUGCUGCUAAAA